GCCUAGCGGCGGGCCUCGGAGGUCUCGGCGUGCGCAGGGGCUGCUGCGGCCGCGCCGGGCGGCGGCCGCCAUGGAGGUGAGCGGGCCGGAAGACGACCCUUUCCUGCUGCAGCUGCACCCGGUGCAGUGCCCCGUGUGCCAGCAGACGAUGCCCGCCGCGCACAUCAACUCGCACCUGGACCGCUGCCUGCUGCUCCACCCCGCGGGGCACGCGGAGCCCGCGGCAGGGCCGCACCGCGCCGGGGAGCGCGCCAAGGGGGCCUCGCCGCCGGGCGCCAAGCGGCGGCGGCUGUCGGAGAGCUCGGCGCUCAAGCAGCCGGCCACCCCGACGGCGGCCGAGAGCAGCGAGGGCGAGGGCGAGGAGGGCGACGACGGCGGCGAGACCGAGAGCCGGGAGAGCUACGACGCGCCGCCCACGCCCAGCGGCGCCCGCCUCAUCCCGGACUUCCCGGUGGCGCGCCCCGGCAGCCCCGGGAGGAAGGGGUCGGGCAAGCGGCCGGCGGCGGCCGCCGCGGCGGGGAGCGCGUCUCCGCGCAGCUGGGACGAGGCGGAGGCGCCCGAGGAGGAGGAGGCGGUGGGCGAUGGCGACGCGGACGCGGACGGCGAGGAGGACGCGGGGCGCUGGGACGCGGACGCGGCCGACGCCGCCUUCGGGGCCGCGGGCGGGAGCCGGCCGCACUCGCGGGCGCCGGCGGCCGAGGAGAUCCGGCAGAUGCUGGAGGGCAAGCCGCUGGCCGACAAGAUGCGGCCCGAGAGCCUGCAGGACUACAUCGGCCAGAGCCGGGCCGUGGGCCAGGAGACCCUGCUGCGCUCGCUGCUGGAGGCCAACGAGAUCCCCUCGCUCAUCCUAUGGGGGCCGCCGGGCUGCGGCAAGACCACUCUGGCUCACAUCAUAGCCAACAACAGCAAGAAACAUAGCAUAAGGUUUGUGACGUUGUCUGCAACAAAUGCCAAGACAAAUGAUGUGCGAGACGUCAUAAAACAAGCCCAAAAUGAAAAGAGCUUUUUCAAAAGGAAAACCAUCCUUUUUAUUGAUGAGAUCCACCGGUUCAAUAAGUCUCAGCAGGACACUUUCCUUCCUCACGUGGAGUGUGGGACGAUCACUCUGAUCGGGGCGACCACUGAAAACCCUUCCUUCCAGGUCAACGCUGCUCUUCUGAGCCGCUGCCGGGUGAUCGUUCUUGAGAAGCUUCCGGUAGAGGCAAUGGUGACUAUUUUAAUGCGAGCGAUCAACUCCCUGGGAAUCCACGUCCUGGACUCUAGUCGUCCCACUGACCCUCUGAGCCACAGCAGCAACAGCAGCUCUGAGCCUUCUGUGUUCAUAGAAGAUAAAGCGGUGGACACUCUGGCUUAUCUCAGUGACGGCGACGCCCGGACUGGCCUGAAUGGACUGCAGCUGGCAGUGCUGGCCAGGUUGAGCUCUAGAAAGAUGUUCUGCAAGAAGAGUGGGCAAGCGUACUCUCCCAGCAGAGUUCUCAUCACAGAGAAUGACGUGAAGGAAGGCCUCCAGCGAUCUCACAUUCUGUAUGACCGAGCCGGAGAAGAACACUACAACUGCAUCUCCGCCCUGCACAAGGCCAUGCGCGGCUCUGACCAGAACGCCUCCCUCUACUGGCUGGCACGCAUGCUCGAGGGAGGGGAGGACCCACUCUACGUGGCAAGGAGGCUGGUGAGGUUCGCCAGUGAGGACAUCGGGCUGGCAGACCCGUCUGCACUCACACAAGCAGUUGCUGCCUACCAAGGCUGUCACUUCAUAGGCAUGCCUGAAUGUGAGGUGCUUCUGGCCCAGUGUGUCGUCUAUUUUGCCAGAGCCCCCAAGUCCAUUGAGGUGUACAGCGCCUACAACAACGUGAAAGCCUGCCUGAGGAACCACCAGGGGCCUCUGCCCCCGGUCCCCCUGCACCUGAGGAACGCACCAACGAGGCUGAUGAAGGAUUUGGGCUACGGCAAAGGCUACAAGUACAACCCCAUGUACAGUGAGCCAGUGGACCAGGAGUACCUGCCCGAAGAGUUGAGAGGAGCCGACUUCUUCAAGCAGAGGCGUUGCUGAUCCCUUGGCUCUGACAGGAACUGCAACGGGAAGCUGGUGGCCUGGUGGAGCGAACACAGGCUGCUGUUUGUGCCAGAAGGUGACGAGCUCCGUCGGUGGAGGCAGCACUUCAGCGAAAUGUGUAACUUUGAAAUUGUGUUCAUUUGCACUCUGUGCAAUGGUUAUGCUUCUGAAAAUACCUGGCAGCUUUGUGCAAUGAAUUAAUGUUAUAAGGAAUUAUCUAUUUUGUCAUAGUAUUUAAGUCAUAAUGUCAUUUCAGAAUUCAGUUCCGUAGGAUUUCUUUUCCUUUAAAAAAUGUAUAUUCUGGGUAGUUUCAAUUGGUAAAGAAAAUGUAAUUGUGAUUUAAUACUGCAUAGUGUUUUGGGUAUUUUUUUUAUAUGCAAAGGUCUUAUGAGCCAAUAAAACUAUUUCAAAGUAUUCUUCCUCGGUUCGUUAAUGUUUCUCCUGCCUGAGAGGCCAGGCACCAACAUCCGUCUCUGUUACGUUUUGGUGGGUAGUCAGUCUGUCUU